UGUUGGUAUUAUUAUAUGUAUGUGGAAUUAAAUUUAUUAUGUAAUAUAUGUGGUUUUAUUUUUCUUGUAUAUUUUAUUACUGUGAAAAUAAACUCACAAACUUUAUCAAACAUCUAUUUUGAAAUAAAAAUAUUAAAAUCAAAAUCUACGCACAGUUUUUCACUGUUGCCCAAAAUUGUAAAUGGAGGAAUAGCCGGUAUUAUCGGUGUUACAGUAGUUUUUCCUUUGGAUUUAGUUAAAACAAGACUUCAAAAUCAAAAGCCAGGCCCUGAUGGAUCCUUCAUGUAUAGAUCAAUGUUUGAUGCAUUUCGGAAAACAUAUGCAGCUGAAGGAUAUUUUGGAAUGUAUAGAGGAUCAGCAGUCAAUAUUUUAUUAAUAACCCCUGAAAAAGCUAUCAAAUUAGCUGCUAAUGAUCAGUUUCGGCAUUGGUUGACACCUUCCGGGAAGCCCUUAACGUUAAUACGUGAAAUGUUGGCUGGUGCAGGUGCAGGGUUUUUUCAAAUUGUUGUUACCACUCCUAUGGAGUUAUUAAAAAUACAAAUGCAAGAUGCAGGACGAGUUGCUGCACAAGCUAAAUUAGAAGGGAAAACUGUGCCAAAAGUUUCAGCGACAUUAUUGGCACGUGAAUUAGUGGCCACUAAAGGAAUAUUAGGUCUUUACCGUGGUAUUGGGGCCACAGCUAUGCGUGAUGUAACAUUUUCCAUAAUAUAUUUUCCAAUGUUUGCUCGUUUAAAUUCUUUAGGACCACGAAAAAAGGAUGGUUCUGGAGAUGCCGUAUUUUGGUGUUCUUUUGCAUCGGGUUGUGUGGCUGGUUCAAGUGCUGCUUUAGCUGUAAAUCCAAUUGAUGUAAUUAAAACUAGGUUGCAAGCAAUUAAAAAAGCUGAAGGAGAAGUAGAAUAUAGAGGAGUUGUUGACUGUUUUGUGAAAACAUUACGUAAUGAAGGUCCUUUGGCUUUCUUUAGAGGUGGUGCGUGUCGAAUGAUAGUUAUUGCACCACUUUUUGGAAUUGCACAGACCGUUUACUAUUUAGGUGUAGCCGAAAGAAUUAUGGGUUUGAAAAAAUGAUAAAACAGUAUUCAGUGUUAAGCAAUAAAAAUGUAUCUACAUUUAGUUCACUUUUAUCCUAACACAGUAUUAUUGUUAGCUCAUUUUCAAUUUUUCAUAUAUUUUUUUGAUGCAAUUAAGUACUUCAACGAAAAUUCUAAUAGGGUAUAAUAACUAUCUACACCAAAAGUUUCAUGGUAUUAUCAUUGUUCAAUUAAAAUUUUCAAUUUGGAGGCCAAUAAAAUUUCAGGGUUGUUAUAAAUUUUAGUUAUAUCUCUUUUACUGUACAAUAUUUUUUAAUUUUACUAUAGUAUUUUUAUGAAGAGAAAUGUAUUUGAGACUAUGAAAAACAAAGUCACAUAUAGUAAUUUAAAAUGAAAACAAAAACAAUCAUUUGAAAAUAUGUUACUUAUAUAAGAUUAAGAAAUUAACUGUGAUUAUUUAUGGACAUUAUCUGUUUCAUGUACUUAAAUGUUGCCUGUAUUGCCGUGCAUUCCGUGUCUUAUGUAACCGUGAUUUAUAUUUAUGCCAAAUUUUAUAUUAUAUUUAUUAUCGUAAAUAAUGUAGUAUUAUGCUUGUAUUAAUUAAUUAUUGUAAUGAUGUCUAUGAAACCAUAAUAAGUGUAACAGUUAAUAUAAUUAAUAAAACAGUUAUGUUUUUUGUUUGUGUA